AUGUUACAAGUUUACAAACCACCGAAAUCGAUCGUCACUAACAUUUUAUCAAAAAUCUUAAAAAAUAACAACAAAUUAUUAACCUUGAAACUCUUUCAAAAAAUCCAUUCUGAAACCCCAUCUUUUUCAAAACCAUCAUUGUGGGCUUCCAAGAUUUACUCAUCCUUACAAGCUAACAACUAUAAAGAUUUCAUCUUUUUCUAUAAUGCAAUAACGAGUAGUGGGGAUUUUGAUCCAAUUGUUAGUAUUUUCGUGUCGGUUUUUCGAAAAGCUUCCAACUUUCGAGAUGGGUUGUUGGGAAUUUUGUUCCAUUGUGUUGUGGUGAAGUUGGGGUUUGGUUAUGAUGUGGUUUUGCAAACUAGGUUGGUCAAUUUCUAUGCUAAAAUUGGUGAUUUGCAGUGUGCACGUAAGGUGUUUGGUGAAAUGUCUCAAAGAGAUGUUGUUGCUUGUAAUGUUAUGAUAGUGGGUUUUGGGAAACAUGGGUUUGUUAAGGAUGCAAGGAGGUUGUUUGAUGAGAUGGUGGAAAAGGAUUCAUAUAGUUGGAAUUCGAUGGUUUCUUGUUAUUUUAAGAUUGGUGAUGUAGAUAAUGCACGCCGUAUUUUUGAUAGAAUUCCGUUGAAAAAUGAGGUUUCGUGGAAUGUGUUGAUGGAUGGCUAUGUGAAAUCGGGUUAUUUUAGUAAUGCUGAUCAUUUGGGGGAUCUUGUAAGUCUAUAUAAUGAAAUGCGUUUUAGUAAUGUGUGUCCUACUGAGACUGUACUUUCGUUGAUUAUUCGACGUUGUGCUAGUUUUUGUUCUACAAGACUAGGGAAAGCAUUUCAUUGCCAGAUAUUUAAAAGGAAUUUUUGUUACGAUGUGGUUUUACAAACGGGCGUGUUGGACUUUUACGCAAAGAUUGGAGAUUUGACUUCUGCAAAGAGGGUGUUCAGUGAAAUGUCUCAUAGAGAUAUUGUAGCCAAUAAUGCGAUGAUUUCAGCGCUUAGUAAAUAUGGGUUUGUUAAAGAUGCACAGAAUUUGUUUGAUAGUAUGCAUGAAAAGGAUUCUGUUACAUGGAAUUCUUUGAUCACUUGCUAUUCCAAGAUAGGUGAUGUUGACUCAGCCCGCUUACUCUUUGAUUCCAAUCCCAUUAAAAAUGUGGUUUCUUGGAAUGCAAUGAUAGAUGGUUACUGUAAAGCUUGCCGUCUUAGUUACGCUGAAGAAUUAUUUAACAAAAUUGGUGGCAUGAAAAAUCAUGUUACGUGGAACACUAUGAUCGCUGGAUUUGUUCAGUGUCAGGAGUACCGGAGAGCUUUACAUCUGUUUGAUAAUAUGCAAGCCGAGAGGGUGAAACCGACUGAGAUAACCAUGGUUAGUUUAUUAUCUGCUUGUGCUCAUCUUGGAGCCUUAGAUAUGGGUGAAUGGAUACAUGAUUACAUUAACAAAAAUAAACUUAAAAUUGAUGUUGUGUUAGGAAACACCCUAAUUGACAUGUAUUGUAAAUGUGGAAGUAUAUCACCAGCUCUAGACGUUUUUCAUAAACUUCAAGUGAAAAACAUAUACUGUUGGAAUUCCGUCAUUGUAGGAUUAGCAAUGCAUGGAUAUGGUAAGGAAGCAAUAGAUUAUUUCCUUAAAAUGAUUCAGGAAGAUAUAAAUCCUGAUGGGGUUACUUUUAUUAGUCUUUUGUGUGCUUGUAGCCAUUCAGGAUUAGUCUCUCAAGGUAAAAUGUAUUUUUCUCAAAUGAAAACCAUUUAUGAUGUUGAACCAGGGAUUGAACACUUUGGAUGUAUGGUUGACCUAUUGGGUCGGUCUGGUCAACUUAAAGAAGCAUUAGAGCUGAUAAAUAACAUGCCGAUGAAGCCAAAUGUAGUAGUAUGGGGUAGUUUGCUUCGUUCAUGUCAUAUACAUAAAAACACUGAAAUUGGAGAACGGGUUACUCAACGUUUAUUGGAUUUGGACCCGUGUGAUGGCGGAAAUUACGUGUUUUUAUCAAAUUUAUAUGCGUCAUUGAGAAGAUGGAAAGAUGUAGAUACAUGUCGGAAGUUAAUGACUGAAAGUGGUGUCCACAAGGCACCAGGUUACAGUUCGAUUGAGGUUGACUAUGUAGUACAUCAAUUUGUAGCAGGAGAUAGUUCACAUCUUCAGUUUGCCCAAAUCAAUGCAUUUUUGGUUGAAAUUGGAAAGAAAUUAAAAGAUGAAGGUUAUGAGGCGGACACAGAGUCGGUGCUUCAUGAUAUAGACGAUGAGGAUAAAGAGGGUUCAGUUAGUCAUCACAGUGAGAGGAUUGCGGUUGCUUUUGGGCUCAUGAAUAUCCCUUUUGCGAAGGAAAUCCGUGUGUUUAAGAAUUUAAGAACUUGUGAUGAUUGUCAUACUGUAAUGAAGCUUAUAUCUAAAAUAUAUAAGAGGGAGAUAAUCAUGAGGGAUCGUAAUCGGUUUCAUCAUUUUAAGAAUGGGGUUUGUUCAUGCAAGGAUUAUUGGUGAUUGAUGUAUUAUACGGAGUAGGUUCUUAGUAAUCCUUGAUUUUGUUAUACUUGUAA